GGUGUGGUGGUAGAGAUGUAGUCGUUUAUUAUUACCUGUACGUGGUCACUUUUAUUCAAAUGCUGAGCUAUGCGACUUGUGUUGAUGAUUGGUACGUGGUGGAGGUGAGAUAUGAGAGGGAAUGGUGCCAGGCAAAACUGGUUCUAUCCUUGGAGAGGAGGUUGAAUGCAUGCGAGCAGAGAGAAGUGGGAGAGGAGUGGGAAGAGAGGUUAACACAAUGAGUGAGCACCCCUAAUUCUUCUGAUUUAUUGCUGAUAAUCAUUCACAAUGGAAACCAAUCAAAAAUCCGGGGAUGGACUGGCAGGCACCCAGAAAGAGGCCGCGUUGCGUACCCUCAUCCAACGCACAGGAUAUCACUUGCACCAGGAAAAUGGACAGAGGCGAUAUGGCGGCCCCCCUCCUGGCUGGGAAGGCCCCCCUCCUGAGAGAGGGAGUGAGAUCUUUGUGGGCAAGCUGCCUCGUGACCUCUUUGAAGAUGAGCUGGUGCCGCUCUGCGAGAAGUUUGGAAAGAUCUAUGAGGUACGGAUGAUGAUGGACUUCAACGGCAACAACCGAGGCUAUGCAUUUGUGACUUUCGGCACAAAGCAAGAGGCCAAGACCGCUAUGAAGCACCUCAAUAAUUAUGAAAUCAGGAACGGCCGACUGUUGGGAGUCUGUGCCAGCGUGGACAACUGUCGCCUGUUCGUCGGCGGAAUCCCCAAAACCAAGAAGAAGGAGGAGAUCCUGGCAGAGAUGAAGAAAGUGACCGAUGGCGUCGUGGACGUCAUCGUGUACCCCAGCGCCGCCGACAAGAGCAAGAACCGCGGCUUCGCCUUUGUGGAGUAUGAGAGCCACCGUGCCGCUGCCAUGGCCCGUCGGAAACUGUUGCCAGGGCGGAUCCAGCUUUGGGGUCACGCCAUUGCGGUGGACUGGGCCGAGCCAGAGGUCGAAGUGGAUGAGGAUACCAUGGCAACGGUGAAAAUCCUGUACGUGCGUAACCUGAUGCUGGGGACCACAGAAGAGACGAUUGAAAAAGAGUUUAACAGCAUCAAACCAGGAUCUGUGGAACGGGUGAAAAAGAUCAGGGACUACGCUUUUGUCCACUUUGGUCAGAGGGAGGAUGCUAUCAGUGCCAUGGAUGCUCUGAAUGGAAAGAUUGUGGACGGCUCUCCCAUUGAAGUGACCCUAGCCAAGCCCGUGGACAAGGACAGCUACGUGCGUUACACCCGGGGCACAGGUGGGCGUGGGGCAGCGCUCCUGCAGGGAGAGUACACCUACACCCUGGGCCAGGUGUACGACCCCUCUGCCGCCUACCUGGGCGCGCCUGUCUUCUACGCACCCCAAGCUUACGCCACCAUCCCCAACCAGUUCCGCUUCCCCAGCGCCAAGGGGCACGUGGCGACACGAGGUCUGGUCCGAACGCCAUCGGUUAGAGACAUUUACAUGAGUAUACCUGUAGGGGCGGCUGGGGUGCGAGGGCUCGGGGGCAGGGGCUACCUGGCGUACGCCGGCGGCAUGGGUCGUGGCAUCUCGGCCUACCCGCUGAAGGCCGACAAGCGGCAGGAGGACAAGCUGUACGACCUGCUGCCCGGCAUGGAGCUCACACCUAUGAGCGGCGGGGGGCUGAAACCGCAGGCCAUCAAGCACGCACCACAGAUCCUGGAGGACAUCUGUCAGAAGAAUAACUGGGGCCAGCCGGUGUACCAGCUGCACUCUGCCGUCGGCCCUGACCAGAGACAGCUUUUCCUCUACAAAAUCACCAUUCCCGCUCUGGCCACACAGCACCCUAAUGUCCAUCCUUUUACGCCAGCCAAGCUGUGUGCCGCCGUGGACGAGGCCAAGAUCCACGCGGCCGAGCACACACUGCAGACCCUGGGCAUGCAGGCAGAGGGCGCCGAAGCCUCCGCUGCUGCAGCUGCCGCUGCCGCUGUCGCUGCCUUCCCAGGUUAUACGAUAGCCAGCACCUCUGCCACGGUGGCAGCCAACCAGCUCAAGCAAGCCGUCUCUCUGGGACAGGACCUGACGGCCUACACCACCUAUGAGGGCUACCCCGCCUUCGCCGUGGCAACCCGAGGGGACGGCUAUGGAGUGUUCUAAGGUCCGCACAGUGACUAGCUCCCUCCCUGGAUUCCGAAAACAUCUCUGUUGUGAUUAUGUCAUAACUCAACACAACCAUUGAUUUUACUUUGAUUCCGAUGAUUAUGUUUAAUAGCCGUAUUCCUGACAUUAGCCAAUUGUUAGUUUAAAUGUGACUCAAUGACACCAAUUAACCCUGUGAUAGUUUAGUGAAUGUGUCAUCCCAUUGGCAUCCCAUGUAGGGGUCUGGGCUAGCCUAAAGGCUGUUUACCGAACGAUGUCUCUGUACCCCCCCUGUGUGGUUUAUAUCUCUUUUUUGUUAUUUCGUUUUUAAUGGCCUUUCGAAGGAGCCUGUUAGGGCCUGUCUCAUUUAUUCACAUAAGCACACUUUGAAACCACUCUUCUUAGAAAAUACUUCAUGUGUAAUGUGUAUUGUUUUUACAAGCCUGUUAUCUGUGAUAGAGUAUGUGUUGAAAUUCUUUAUUUGUCAGGGGGAGGGG